CUUCAGAGUAGCUGCGUCGUCGUAUCGGUGUAGGAUUUCGAUUGGAGUUUGCAGAGGAGAGGUGCAGAGCUUGAACUUCGAUAAUCUAGUCGCCAUGGCGAGCCGUCCAGCGUCGUCGGCGGCGGCGGCGGAGCAGCAGCAGCGCGACGGCGACUACGAGCCGGUGUACGAGUGGCUCGACGCCGGCGCCAACUAUCUCCUUCGCCUCAACGUCCCGGAGUUUAAGAAGGAGGAUUUCCAGGUGCACGUCGACGCCUCCGGCCGGCUGACCGUCCGCGGCCAGCGCGGGAGCCUCCGGUUGAACAAGGUGUUCCAGCUUCCGGCGACGUCCAACCUCGACGGCAUCACUGGCAGGCUGGAGGGCACCGUGCUUAUCCUCACCGUGCCCAAGCUGCCGGCAGCAAGCGCGGCGGCCGCCACCGCGCCGCCUCCUCCAAAGGUCAAGGAGGAGGAGGAAGCCGACGCCAAGAAGCCAGAUACCAAGAAGAAGAGGGCCAUUGAAGAACUCGUCACCGGCAAGCCGGCAGAGCGGUUGGCCGCCGGGGAGGAGCCCAAGGCGGCGCCCGCGGCGGCGGCGCCUCCGCCGCGGAGAGAACCGGAGACGGCGCCGGAGCGUCGGGAACGUAAGGACGAAGACGACGACAAGCUGGCCAGGGCCGGCGCCGAACACAAGGCGAGGGUCGCCCGCGAGGCCGACAGGAGGAUCGAGGCGGCGAGGGCGAGGCUGGCGGCUCAGCACGCACCGAAGCCGGCGCCGGAGAAGAAGGCGCCGUGCUGGAAGGACCGCGCGGCGGAGGAAGGGAUGAGGCUGGCGGAGGCCAUCGGGAAGAACAAGGAGGUGGUCGCCACGGCCGUCGCCGCCUUCGCACUCGGCGUCUUCGUCUCCAGCAAACUGUUCUCCAGGAACAACUGAUCGAUUAAUGGACCCAACCCAAUUGCAUUGCAUGUAUACGUGUACACAACAUGCGUGGAUGUACAUACUACAUACCUGAGGUUUACACGAUACUUGCAACUUUAAAUUGUGCUUUUACACGUAUAUGUAAAUGAAAACCUAUGAUACGGA